AUGAAUAUUUUUAUCAUGGCAUGUGUUGCCAUUGGUGUAGCAGUAGCUGAUAUGUCAUUUCCAUCAGGGUAUGAUACAUAUCUAGAUUUAGCUAGGAUGUAUCGUAUGAAAGAGUUAGCUAAUCUAUAUGAUACAUAUAGAGAUAAUGAUGAUCUAGAGAGUAGAAGUGUAGAUGAUGAUGAAUGGUUACAAGGUAAUGGUUAUGAUGAAGGCUAUAAGGGAGAACCAUACACUGGUACCAAUCUUCGUGAUCAGGAACAUCUUGAACAGAGUUCUCUCUAUGGAUAUCAGUCUAUGUCUGGUAAGUUUUUUGGUGGAAACGAUGGUGGAAAACAAAAAUCUGAUAAAUCUCUCCCUGCUUACUGCAAUCCUCCCAACCCUUGCCCAAUUGGAAAAACAGCUAAAGAUAACUGUCUAGAAGGUUUCGUCAAUUCCGCGGAGAAUAAUAAGAAACUAUUAGAUGAACAAGAAUGUCCCUGUGAUACAGAACACAUGUUCUCUUGUCCUGCUGGUGGUAACACUGUCAGCUCCAAGUCUCAAGGUGAUGCUGUAGCUAUUAAUAAAGUUAUGGAUGAACUUCAAAAACUUGAUGAUGAUUUGGUAGGUGAAAAUUACUCAGAUAUAGUAGUUGUACAUAAUAAAAGGGUAGCUGUUGUAGCUAAAAAGUCACCACAUAUGAUCAAGAAAAGAGAAUCGAAAUUCAGAGACGUUAAAAAUCCAUAUUUACAUGGACAACAACUCAAAAAUAUUGCCAAGAAAUCUGGAACGAAUCCAUAUUAA